AUGUUAACGGUUAUAUACAUAUUAUUAGGUUUUCUAAUAAUUAUAAGUGAUGGCAUUUUCGGUGUUAUAUAUUGUAUGAUUAUGUCAAUUUGGUUUAUGAAUAAACUAGAUAAAGAUAACUGUUAAGAUGUGGGAUAAUAAAUUAAAAUAAAUGUAAAAUAUUUAAAUAUUUUGAAAAUAUUUUCUUUUUUAACAUGUUAUGCUGGUAUAAUUUGGAAAUUAAACAUUUUUAAUAGUUAAUAUAGAGGAAUUACUUUAUUUAUAAGCGGAUAUAUUACCAAAAGCUUUAUUUUAUAUUUUUUAGUUUUUAUUAUUUAAAUAUUCUUGCUUAUGUUUGCAAUCUAUACAUAAGAUUUAUUAUAAAAAAUAAAAGAAAAUCAUAUAGACUUAAUUUAGGGAAAAUAAGCUUAAUAAAACUAAUAAAGUAAAUUAUUUAAUUUUAUAAAUAAUAAUUAUUAUGGAAUACUUAUUGUUAUUUGCCUUCUAUGGAUUUAAACUGUUUAAAGUAUUUUUAUGAUUAUUCCUAUAAUUCUUACAUUAAUAGGUAGUAUUAAUAGAAAAAAAGUAAAAAAAAUAUAUAUAAAAAAAAAAAUUUAUAUAUAUAUAUAUAUAUAUAUAUAUAUAUAUAUAUUUAUAUAUAUAUAUAUAAAUUAUUAUUAUUAUUUAUAUUUUUUUAUUUAUUUUAUUUAUUUUUUAGAAAAAUUUUAAACUUAAAUCAGCGAUUUUUGUAAAUAAUUAUGGAUGGAUUUUUUUAAUUAUUAAUUAGUUUUUUAAUAUUCCUUUUUUAUUUAAAUAUAUUACAGGAAAAGUUAUAUUUAAUAUUAUUGGUUUACACAGUAUAAAUGAAGAAAAAAGUGGUAUUCGUGGACUUUUUGAAAGAAUGAGAUAUAUAUUAACUUCGAUUAUUAUUACAUUUUCUAUAUACUACUUAAUUUUAUUAAAAAUAAAAUAAAGACAAAACAAACAAUUUUUAAGUUAAUAAUAAUUAAUUGUAAAUAUAUAAUAAGAAGAAGACAUAAAUAUACAAAA